CCCGGGCCCGGCCGCCGUCGCGGGACGCUGUGCCCGGCCGCCGUCGCCACCGCCGCCCCGGCCGACCGAGGGACCCGCCCGCCCGCGGCUGCUCCGGAUCAAGUCAUAAUGGGAGCAUUUUUAGACAAGCCAAAGAUGGAGAAGCAUAAUGCCCAGGGGCAGGGGAAUGGGUUACGAUAUGGCCUAAGCAGCAUGCAAGGUUGGCGAGUCGAAAUGGAGGACGCACACACAGCUGUGAUCGGUUUGCCAAGUGGACUUGAGACAUGGUCAUUCUUUGCUGUAUAUGAUGGGCAUGCUGGUUCUCAGGUUGCCAAAUACUGCUGUGAGCACUUGUUAGAUCACAUCACCAAUAACCAGGAUUUCAGAGGGUCUGCAGGAGCACCUUCUGUGGAGAACGUAAAGAAUGGAAUCCGAACAGGGUUUCUGGAGAUUGAUGAACACAUGAGAGUUAUGUCAGAGAAGAAACAUGGUGCAGAUAGAAGCGGGUCAACAGCUGUGGGUGUCUUAAUCUCUCCCCAACAUACUUAUUUCAUUAACUGUGGAGACUCGAGGGGUUUACUUUGUAGGAAUAGAAAAGUUCACUUCUUCACACAAGACCAUAAACCAAGUAACCCGCUGGAAAAAGAACGAAUUCAGAAUGCAGGGGGCUCAGUGAUGAUUCAGCGUGUCAAUGGCUCUCUGGCUGUAUCGAGGGCCCUUGGGGAUUUCGAUUACAAAUGUGUCCAUGGAAAAGGUCCCACAGAGCAGCUUGUCUCCCCAGAGCCCGAAGUCCAUGAUAUUGAAAGGUCUGAAGAAGAUGACCAGUUCAUCAUCCUUGCAUGCGAUGGCAUCUGGGACGUCAUGGGGAACGAAGAGCUCUGUGACUUUGUGAGAUCCAGACUUGAAGUCACUGAUGACCUUGAGAAAGUUUGCAAUGAAGUAGUCGACACCUGCUUGUAUAAGGGAAGCCGAGACAACAUGAGUGUGAUUUUGAUCUGUUUUCCAAGUGCACCCAAAGUCUCGGCAGAGGCGGUGAAGAAAGAGGCGGAGCUGGACAAGUACCUGGAGAGCAGAGUAGAAGGUGGAUCAUUAACAAAAAUAAAUAAGUAGCUUUAUUUCAAAACAAAACCUUCCACACAAAGUCUAACCUUUUAGAAAGGUUUUAGUCCAUUACAUGCCUUUAGCAUGUAGUCCUAGUAUGUAAAAGUGGAAAGGACAUUCUGUAGUAACCAUUUGUUUAGCUGUGUUCCCUGGGCCCUGUGCACUAUGGUUAGGAAACUUCCAAGUGACUGAAGCAUGGCUCUAAGAUUCUUGCUGAAUGGCAUGUGUAAUUUCAUGCCAGGCAAGCCUGAGUGUCCUCUCCUGAAAAGAUGUACUGCAAGUCUCUGGAAUAUUUUUAAUUACCUGUGUUUGGUUGGUUGGAUUUUGGGUGGUUUUGUUUUGUUGGUUUUGGUUUUGAGAACUUGAAGGUCAAAUGUUUAGUAACAACUGUCAGAUCCCACAGCUUUGAAACUUUGCUUUCAGCUGGUUCACGGCUUUACUCCUAAGCCAUGAGCAGUUUGAGCUUACAACACAGACCUGGCAGGAAUUCUCAGAUGAGUCAGGAAAGUAGCCUGCAACCCCAGGAGUGUGAAUCUGAUCACUGAAGAUCACUUUAGAUUAGAACAAAUGGAAAGUUUUUGAACCUCAAAAAAAAAAAAAAAAAAAAAAAGCAAUGCUUUUAAGUAUUUGGAGAAAUUAAUCUUUUGUUGGUGGCGCUUGGUUACUUGGCUGUGGAACUUGGGACCAAAUCUAAGGGUUUUGCACAGAAGGGAAGUAUUUUCCUCUGUGGCACACCUCGGCCCUUACAUGAUCUUUGAUAAAGCUGUUCACCAAGUAGAAGUAUAAUCAUUGUUUCCCUAGACAC